GCUGCAGACACAUAAGGGCACAGGGGGAUCAUGUCUGUGGCCUUUGCUUCAGCCAGACCUAGAGGGAAAGGAGAGGUUACCCAACAAACUAUCCAGAAGAUGCUUGAUGAAAAUCACCAUUUGAUACAGUGUAUCAUGGAUUACCAGAGCAAGGGAAAGACAGCAGAGUGCACUCAAUAUCAGCAGAUUCUGCACAGGAACCUGGUAUAUUUGGCUACAAUAGCAGAUUCUAACCAGAACAUGCAGUCUCUGCUCCCUGCACCGCCGACUCAGAACAUGAAUCUAGGCCCAGGAGGAAUGAACCAGACUGGUCCAAGCCAGACUCUACACUCCCAAGGCAGUUUGAGUGACGCUUUAGGGGCCAGCCUGCCUCCCACGUCCCUCAUGCAGAGCCAGAUCAGUAAUGGGCCCAAUCAUGUGGCUAUGCAGCAGUCUGGACAAACUACAAUGCCUACCACUUCCAUGAGUAUGGCAGUGAGCUCCCAUGGCACAGCCCCAGGAUACAGCCACGCAGUGCCAAGCUCCCAGAACAUGCCAAUGCAAAGCCAGGGAAGCAUUGGCAACUAUGUAUCCAGAGCAAACAUGAAUAUGUCAUCCAACCCAGUGUCCAUGAUGCACCAGCAAGCGGCUAGUUCCCAUUACACUUCAGCACAGGGAGGUGGAGGACAACAUUACCAAGGACAGACAUCCAUUCCCAUGAUGAGUCAGAGCAACCAAGGCAGCAGUAUGAUGGGCCAGAGACCGCUGGGGCCGUACAGACCAUCACAGCAAAGCUCUUCCCAGCAGUACCUGGGUCAGGAGGAGUAUUACAGUGAGCAGUACGCACACAGCCAGGGCUCUUCAGAACCAAUGUCACAGCAGUAUUACACUGAUGGCCACAGUGAGUACUCUUACCAGCAGUCGUCCUAUGGAGAACAAAGUUAUGAUAGGACAUUUGAGGACUCCUCUCAGCAUUACUAUGAAGGAGGGAACACACAGUACAGCCAGCAACAAACAGGAUACCAGCAAGGAACAGGGCAGCAGCAAGCUUACUCGCAGCAACAGUACCCCAACCAGCAGAACUACCCGGGACAACAGCAGGGAUAUGUUCCCUCACAAGGUGCCUCCUCUCAGUAUUCCACUUACCAGCAAGGUCAGAGCCAGCAGUACAGUACCUACAGGGCACCACAGUCUGCAACUUCUGCCCAGCAACAGAGACCCUACGGCUAUGAGCAGGGCCAGUAUGGAAACUACCAGCAGUAAUUCAGCAACGUGACCAUCUGAAUUCUUCCAUAGCAGUGCCCUGGGCAAGGCUUGCAGGACUGUGUUUGUUUCUUAUGUCUGUCCUGUCCCUGGACCGAGGAAGAAGAGGGAGAAACCACACAAGAAUGAUCACAAUUUAAACCUUGAAUAGGACUGGUUGUAUAUGUGUGGUGCUGCUCGUGCAACAUUCAAGCAGUUGUCAGGAAGAGUACCUGGUUUUGGGGAGCCCAUAGACUGAUACAUUGUGCCCCUACAGUUCUUUUCAUUGCCAUUUGUGAUGUUUUAAUGUGGCAGAUUAUAGAUAGUCCAACUCCGCAGAAGCACAGCAGUUUUGACCACAACAUAA